AUGUCGGGAACCUCUAACCAGAAGGUUUUUUUUCUCUUCGGGGACCAAUCACUUGACACAUAUGGCUUCCUUGCGAAUUUCCUUCAUCGCAGCUCGCCUAGUCUACUGUCGAAGACCUUCAUUGAGCAGGCCUCCGAUGCCCUUUGCCGCGAAGUAAAUGCUUUAUCGAACUUGGAACGAAAUAAGAUACCCAGAUUUUCCAGCCUUGAGGAUCUCAACGAACGAUAUCAUAUUAGUGGGAUCAAGCACUCCGGUAUCGAGAGUGCGUUAUUAUGUGCCACUCAAAUUGCACACUACCUUGACCGUGCAGAAAAGGUGCCAGAGGACUCUGCUUCUCCCAACAACACAACCCUGGUAGGCUUAAGUACAGGACUAUUUGCCGCGGCCGCCAUAUCUUGCUCGGCUUCAUUGUCUGCACUUAUUCAGGUUGGAGUUCAAGCGACAGUCCUCGCAUUCAGAACUGGCUCCUAUGUUGCUGCGUUGGCUGAUCAACUUGGUGGAGCCAACGACAAUGCCAAUCCGUGGGCAUACUCCAUAUCAGCAGAUGAAGCGCAGGCCGCAUCGAAGCUUGAUGAGUUUCAUGCUGAAAAGGCGAUCUCCCAUGCUAGUAGGGCUUACAUUAGCGCUACCACACCAGACUCUGUAGCCAUUAGCGGACCACCCUCCACCCUUGAGGCUCUAUGGGCUAGUGAUGCAUUCUCGGUAACACCAACGCCAUUGCCGCUAUAUGGCCCAUAUCAGGCGUCACAUCUUCACCCAGAGCUCCAAAUCGAAAAGGUGCUAGGUCUUAAGAACUCUCGUAUUUCCGAUGUAUUGGAGUCCUCCAGACCUAAUUCUCGAAUCUUGUCAUCAGCAACAGGACAGUCAUUUGAGGAGCAGUCCGCUCUACAGCUAUUCUCGGCGGUUGCUGAGAAUGUUCUCACCAAGUCGUCUCACCUACAGAAUGUUCUUGAUGGAUGCAAAUCUGAGAGCACUGGCCGAACUUUGGUCAUACCUGUAGGCCCGACAUCUUUCGCGACUACAGUCGUGGAUUCGUUGAGGUCUGCAAGCGGGUCGGAUGUGGUUCUCCGAAGAGCGCCAUUCGGCAACAACGAACCAGCCCCUUUUGCUGGCAGUGGAUCAUCUAGCACCGGAAAGCUUGCCAUUGUUGGCAUGGCUGGAAGGUUUCCAGAUGCCGCAAGCCAUGAGUUGCUAUGGGAGCUCCUAGAGAAGGGACUCGCUGUACACAGAGAAGUUCCCCCAGACAGAUUCCCAGUCAAGACGCACGUCGACCCUUCUGGAAAGACUGUGAACACAAGUCACACUCCUUUUGGUUGCUGGAUUGAGAACCCGGGCCUUUUCGACCCUCGAUUCUUCAACAUGUCUCCUAGAGAGGCCUUCCAGACAGACCCCAUGCAGAGGAUGGCUCUUUCCACGGCUUUCGAGGCUUUGGAGAUGAGCGGAUAUACACCAAACCGUACACCUUCCACCAGACUUGAUCGAGUUGGUACCUUUUACGGGCAAACCUCGGACGACUGGCGUGAGAUUAAUGCCGCUCAGGAGGUCGAUACCUACUUUAUUACCGGUGGAGUAAGAGCGUUCGGGCCAGGUAGAAUCAAUUACCACUUUGGGUUUAGUGGGCCUAGUUUCAAUGUCGAUACUGCCUGUUCAUCUAGCGCGGCAGCACUUCAGCUUGCCUAUACCUCCCUCUGCGCUAAGGACUGCGACACUGCUAUAGUUGGCGGUCUUUCCUGUAUGACGAACAGCGAUAUUUUUGCUGGUCUGAGUCGUGGGCAAUUCCUUUCAAAAACAGGACCUUGCGCUACAUUUGACAACGACGCAGACGGAUAUUGCCGAGCUGAUGGCGUAGGGACGAUUAUCGUCAAACGUCUUGAAGACGCCAUUUCCGAUAAAGACAACGUUCUAGCUGUCAUCUUAGGUUCGGCAACGAAUCAUUCAGCUGAUGCAGUCUCAAUUACUCACCCACACGGAGGAACUCAAGAAAUACUCUAUCGCUCUAUCCUCCGCAAAGCCGGUGUUGAUCCUCUUGACAUCGACUACGUUGAAAUGCACGGCACCGGCACACAGGCGGGCGACGGCACAGAAAUGAAGUCUGUCACGAACGUCUUUGCACCAGCAGACCGUAAGAGGACGGCAGAGCAACCUCUGUACCUUGGUGCUGUCAAAGCAAAUGUCGGCCAUGGUGAAGCAGCUUCUGGUAUCACUGCACUGAUCAAAGUCCUCAUGAUGCUGCAGAAGAACGCCAUCCCGCCUCAUGUAGGUAUUAAAAACACUAUAAACGUCGGUUUCCCCAAGGAUUUGGCCGAGCGCAAUGUUAACAUCGCAUUCCAUAAAACUCCUCUUCGGGCUCGAGCUGGCAUGCCCAGACGUGUGUUUUUGAAUAAUUUCAGCGCUGCUGGAGGCAAUACUGGAAUUCUACUAGAGGAUGGCCCAACAUACAAGAAUGCCACAGUUGAUCCUCGAUCAAUGCAUGUUGUAUCGGUUACAGCAAAGUCCAAGUCUGCGAUGUUUCGAAACGCUUCCCGCUUGGUCGACUACCUCGAAGCCAACCCAAAAACUACCAUUUCCGACCUCGCAUACACCACUACCGCUCGAAGGAUCCAGCACAACUGGCGAAUGACCUUUUCAGCAUCUGAUAUUCAGCAGGCGAAGAGUAUCAUCAAGAGCAAGAUGAAUGACACUUUCGUCCCCGUUCACUCCGUGCCUCCUAAGGUUGCCUACACCUUCACUGGCCAAGGCUCUCAUUACGCUGGUCUCGGCAAAGAUUUGUACAACAACUCAUCUGUCUUCCGAGAAAACAUUCUAGAGUUCGACAGAAUCGCCAGAAUUCAGGGCUUCCCAUCAUUCCUUCCCCUCAUCGACGGCAGCGUUACUGAUGUUUCUACGCUGUCACCAGUCGUUGUCCAGAUUGGUAUGGUAUGCUUCGAAGUCGCCAUGGCUCGUUUGUGGGCAUCCUGGGGAGUCAACCCUAGCGUUCUUGUCGGCCACAGCUUGGGUGAAUAUUCAGCCUUGUGCGUGUCUGGCGUGCUCUCUGCCAGUGACACUAUCUAUUUGGUCGGUGCUCGGGCUCAGCUACUUGUCGAGAAAUGCACAGCCAACACUCACGCCAUGUUGGCCGUUCAGGGCUCCGUGGAUGCUUUGAACGAAGCUCUCCCUGAGAUGGCAGGCAGCUUGAGCGUUGCCUGUAUCAACGGCCCACGCGAGACGGUGCUUGGUGGUGAAGCAGGUGCUAUGGCAGAUCUUGCUGAAAAGCUCACGCAAUCGGGCUUUAAGUGCACAAAGCUUCAGGUACCAUUCGCUUUCCACACCGCACAAGUGGAUGCUAUUCUUGAUGAUUUCGAAAAACUUGCUGCCUCUGUUCGCUUUGGCUCUGCAAACAUUCCUCUGAUCUCUCCGCUCCUGGGUCGUCCACUUUCCGAAGGAGAAUCGAUCGACCCCACCUACCUCCGAAACCACGCUCGUGAAGCUGUCAACUUCCUUGCUGGCUUGACUUCUUCUCAAGAGCUAGGUAUCAUCGACGAAAAGACGGUUUGGAUCGAAGUUGGUCCUCAUUCCGUCUGCUCCGGCAUGGUGAAAUCCACCUUUGGCGCAACCACUAUUACUGCACCUUCUCUUCGACGCAACGAGGAAGCCUACAAGACAAUCUCCGCUAGCUUGUGCGCUCUUCAAAAUGCCGGUAUGAACAUCGAUUGGAACGAAUACCAUCGCGACUUUUCCGACUCCGUCAGACUCCUCAGUCUUCCCACAUACUCGUAUGAUGAUAAGAAUUAUUGGAUUCAGUACGAGGGAGACUGGAGCUUGAACAAAGGACGCAAAGCUGCCGGUGCUCUUCCUGCACCAGAGAUUGUCAAAUCUUCAUUGAGCACGACCAGCGUUCACGAGGUCGUUAAAGAAACGAUCAGCGACCAUGUUGCUACAGUCGUCACCGAAACUGAUAUUGCGAGACCAGAUCUACGUCCGUUGGUGACUGGCCACGUGGUCAAUGGCUCUUACCUCUGCCCAUCAUCUCUCUAUGGUGAUAUGGCAAUGACGGUCUGCGAAUAUGGCUAUAAAUUGAUUGAUCCUGAUGUCAAGGAUCUGGUCAUGGAUAUCACCCAUAUGGAAGUUCCAAAAUCUCUGAUUGCGGAUCCUGCUGGAAAGUCGCAGAUAUUGACCCUCACUGCGACAAUCGAUAUCAAUCGUCGAUCAGCAAGUCUUGUCUUUUCUAGUGGAUCAGACAAAUCCAAGGUCGAGCAUGCACACUGUCGUGUGCUAUUCGGUACUCGCGAAGCCUAUCUUUCCGAGUUUCAACGACAAUCUUACCUCAUCCAGUCCCGUGUGGACUGGCUCAAGAAAGCUGAGAGUGAAGGAGAAGCUCACAAGAUUGGGCGUGGUCUGGCAUACAAGCUCUUCGCUGCUCUGGUCGAUUACGACAAGCGGUACAGAGGUAUGGAGGAAGUUAUCCUUCACAGUGAGAAUAUGGAAGCGACAUCACGCGUUGUCUUCCAGACAACGCCGGAAGAUGGCACAUUCAAUUGCAGCCCAUACUGGAUCGACAGCGUUGCUCACAUCUCGGGCUUCAUUGUCAACGGCUCUGAUGCCAUUGACUCCAAAGAGAAUGUCUACAUAUCUCACGGGUGGGAAUCCUUUAGAAUCGCCGAACCACUCUCGGCUACAAAGACGUACCGCUCCUACGUAAGAAUGCAACCAGUAGAGAAGAAGGUUCUUCAAGGUGAUGUCUACAUCUUCGAUGGUGACAGGAUCAUUGGUAUGGUCGGUGGUCUCAAGUUCCAGUGCAUUCAACGAAGAGUUCUCAACAUGCUUAUGCCACCUGUUGGAGCCGCUGCUGCUUCGAAGCCAGCUGCCCGUGCUGCACCACCUCAAGUUACCACAAAGAAGCCAGUGAAGACUGCUCAGGUGACCAAGGAUAGCAUUUCCAAAGUCAACCAGAGGCUUACAUCUGUCACCUCUGCCGUCAUGAACAUCCUUGCCACGGAAAUUGGAGUUGGCCUUGACGAGCUUGUCGACAACCUGGCUUGGAACGAUUUGGGCUGCGACAGUUUAAUGUCCCUUACCGUUAGCGGAAAAUUGCGAGAAGACCUUGAGAUUGAUGUUCCUUCCAGCGCCUUUACAGAUAAUGCGACAAUCGGAGAGUUCAAGGCCUUCCUCUCAAAGUACGAACGCAAGGAAUCUGUAGUAACGACCACUUCAGACUCUUCCUCUAGCCAUGACACUGCCACACCGGAAUUGGAAGACAGCGAGGACACUGAGGUCACCACUCCAAGUGACACAUCUGAGGAGGAGAAGGAACCAAGCAAUGAUUCUGAACUUGGAAACAUUAUUCGGACUACCAUUGCAGGUGAAAUGGGUGUCGACAUCGAUGAAAUAAUUGAUCUCUCGGACCUCACAGAAAUCGGCAUGGAUAGUUUAAUGUCAUUGAGCAUUCUAGGCAUACUUCGUGAGCGGACUGGCAUGAAUCUUCCUGCGGACCUUUUGGCGAACAAUCCUUCGAUCAAGGCCAUCGAGAAGUCGCUCAAUAUCGGAGGCACCAAAGCAGCAAAACCCGCUAAGGCACCUGCCAAGAAACCUUCUGCACCUGCAAAGUCAAUAAGCGCAACCACUGAGCGUCUAGCUACAUCUGUGCUGCUCCAGGGCAACUCGAAGAAGGCAACAAAACACCUCUGGAUGGUACCUGAUGGAAGUGGCUCCGCUACAUCAUACACCGAAAUUUCAGAGAUUGGACCCAAUGUUGCCGUGUGGGGCCUCAAUUCACCAUACAUGAAAGUGCCAGAAGAAUACAAGUGUGGUGUUAUCGGCAUGGCGUCGUCUUUCAUCUCGGAGAUCAAGCGCCGUCAGCCUGUGGGACCAUACUUGCUUGCAGGAUGGAGUGCAGGUGGUGUCAUUGCUUUCGAGGCUGUUAAUCAGUUGAUCAAGAACGGUGACGAAGUUGAACAGCUCAUUAUUAUCGAUGCGCCAUGUCCCGAUAUCAUUGAGCCUCUACCAGCUUCACUUCACAGAUGGUUCGGAGAGAUUGGACUCCUCGGCGACGGCGACCUCUCCAAGCUACCAAAAUGGCUCUUACCUCAUUUCGCCGCGUCUGUCACAGCUCUGUCAAACUAUUCUGCUGAGCUCAUUGAUCCAAAGAAGUCGCCAUUCGUCACCGCAAUCUGGUGUGAAGACGGUGUUUGCCAUUUACCAACAGAUCCACGACCAGAUCCAUUCCCAUACGGUCAUGCCCAGUUCCUUCUUGAUAAUCGAACUGACUUUGGCCCGAAUCUUUGGGACAAAUAUUUGAAUGGGGAGAGAUUUGUUACCAAGCACAUGCCAGGAAACCACUUCAGUAUGAUGAAGGGAGACUUGGCAAAACAGCUUGGUAACAUUAUCCGAGGAGCAGUAGCUCAGACGGCUUGA